AUGGCGCACCUGACCAAAGAAUACUACGAGCCGUUCCACCACGACGUGAUUCUCGGCGGCAAGAGAUGGCACUACCUGGACAUUCCUCCGGAGGGCAAAGACAAUGGCCGAGUGCUGGUUCUGGUCCAUGGGUUCCCCGAUUUCUGGUACGGCUGGCGCCACCAGAUCCCCGUGUUCCGCAAGCGAGGCCACCGAAUCAUCCUGCCCACUCUGAUGGGAUUUCCGGGCUCCGAGGUACCCGAACCUCCGGCCAUGGAGGAGUUUGAGGAGAACGAAGAUGGCAUCAACAUCUACACGGAGCUGGGCCAGGAGGACGACUGUCGUGAGCUGCACUUUUACGGCUUCAAGUUCUUUGCUGACUGCAUGGCCGAACUGCUCAAGAAGCUGAACAUCAAGUCGGCCACGUUCCUGGGCCACGACUGGGGCGCCCACUACGUCCCCAAGGUCUGGGCCUACCACCCUGAGAUUGUGGACGCCAUUUCGUCGGCCUGCUGGUACUACCAGGUGCCCGAGCCCGAAUGGGUGCCGCUGACCGACUUCUCCGACAAGUGGCCCACCACAAAGUACCAGCUGCAGUUUGGAGGAGACGCCGUCAACAACAUUGGCCCCGGCAUGAUCCCCUUCUUCCUGCGACGGUCCUACACCGUGGGAGCCAACUUUGACGGCGAGCCGGACCCCGAGGCGCCCAUGCACAUGACCGAGGAGGAGUUUGCCGUGUACGAGGAGCACUUUUCCAAGGAGAAACGGUCGCUGGCCGGCCCCUUCACCUAUUACCGCUCGCGAAAACUCAACUGGGAGCAGGACAAGGAGAACUUCCUCGAUAAGGGGGCCACCAAGAAGGAUCUGACCGUCAACGUGCCAUACCUGUACAUUGGCUCCACCAACGACAUUGCUCUGAUUCCCGAAAUGUCCAUGCACUUGGACGAGUAUGUGGAGAAGGGCAAGCUGACACGAGAGCACGUGCCCACCUCGCACUGGGCGCUGUUCGAGGCCCCCGACCAGAUCAACAAGAUCUAUGUUGAUUGGCUGGACAAGCUGGACAAGACUAGUAAGCUGUAG